AUGGAUUCAACGGAUAAGGUCGAAGCUGGAGCAGGCGGCCAGGCGGUCACCGUGGAGGAUAUCACGACAAAGCAGAGCCAGUUGAGUAUUGAGCAAAAGGCUGAGCACGAUCUUACUCUCCGACAUAUCUUCCGUCACCAUCCUGCCCUGGUAUGGUGGUGUUUCUACUGGGCUAUGGCCGCUGUUGGUUGGGGCUUUGAUGCGCAGAUCAAUGGAGCCAUGAUUUCCGUCGCCGCCUUUCGGCGCGACUUUGGAUAUAUCGUAAACGGAGAGUCCGUCCUUCCUGCCAGCUGGCAGACUGCCUUCAACACCGUCAGCAGUGUUGGUCAAUUCUUCGGUGGCUUCCUCUGCUCAUGGAUCUCAGAUCGCAUCGGACGAAAAAGCUCCCUACUCCUCGGCCUUCUUUGCGUCACGGGUGGUAUAUUCGGAGAGGUCUUCUCCACCUCCAACUCUGCCUUUGUCGUCUCAAAACUUAUCCUAGGCGUGGGCCUCGGGUUCUACCUCACCCUGGCGCCCCUAGCAACAUCCGAGAUCGCGCCAGUGGUCUUGCGAGGCAUUGCAUCUGCUGGAUGUAACCUCGGGAUUGCUAUAGGCCAGUUGCUCUCCAACGCGGUCAUCAAGGGUUUCGGUGAGCGGACUGAUCACUGGGCAUAUCGGGGUCCAUUUGCGGUCCAGCUUUUCUUUUGCCUUUUCCUUGCCGCUGGCCUUAUCUUCGCACCAGAAACACCCUGGUACCUUGCACACAAGAAGAAAAGAGAGGAAGCCAAACGAUCUAUCCGAAGACUGUACGGCCCAGCCGUAGAUGCCGAGUCGAAACUUGCCGUUCUGGAAGCAACCAUUGCCGACGAAGCGGCCAGCGCCUCAGAGCGGCCCUCUCUGCUCUCCUGCUUCAGGGGCACUGACAGACUGCGCACCAUGAUCAGCAUGGGCGUCUUUGUCUGUCAGCACUUUGCGGGCAUCAUUUUUGUUCUCGGCUAUUCUACCUACUUCUUCCAGCUCGCGGGGCUUGACACAUCCAAUAGUUUCAAUCUUGGCGUGGGUGUCACUGCCUGUGGUGUGGCAGGCAACGUAUGUAGUUGGUUUGUUGUGAACUCAUUCGGACGUCGAAGCGUCUUCCUAGGCGGAAUGUGUAUAUUGACAGCUCUGCUUCUUCUAAUCGGCAUUAUGGAUGUCGUCCCUACGGGUGCCGCGAAAUGGACCCAGGCGGCGGCAACCGUGAUCUACGCUUUUUUCUACUUUGCUACAAUUGGAGCUAUGGCUUUCGCCAUUCUGGGCGAGGCAAGCAGCACCUCACUGCGCGCGAGCACCAUGUCGCUUGCCACGGCUACGCAGGCGGUGAUGGGCAUUGCGAUGAACUUCGCCAUCCCUUACAUGGUGAACCCAGAUGAGGCUGACCUGAAGGGAAAGGUGGGCUUUAUUUUCGGCGGCCUGGCGCUAAUUGCGACCCUUUGGAGCUUCUUUUUCGUUCCCGAGCUGAAAGGAAGAACGUUCGAGGAAAUUGACAAGAUGUUUGCUCUAAGGGUGCCUAUUAGGAGAAUGAAGUCCUACGGAUUCUAA